AUGGAUAUUGAGUCUAGCUUCCUGCACAUUAAGAUGCUAAACAUCGACAACAGCUUCCUGCAAAAUCGACGCCAACGUGAAACUACCGGCAUCAAGAAAUUGUACAACUCCUUUUUUGUUAUGUUUUAA